AGAGAACCCAGCUAGUUCUCUCUGCAUGCUCUGUAUUUUCUCCUUAGCGCCUAUUUGUAUACCCUGUUCUGUCUCUACUGUUUCUUCUCUCUACUUCUGGUUUUAUCUGAUACAAGAGCUUGCAUUUUGUCAGGAAAGUGUGGAGUCCUUGUAGAUAAGUCUAUGGAUUAUAGGCCUGUAUCAAGCAGAACAAGGUCGAAGAGAGACAAAGCUAUCAUUGAACUUCAUUGGCAAAUGAAAAUUAACAGUGGGGUGAGUCCAGCCACAAGGGAUAAGAAAAUGAGGAGGUCCAACCAGGCUUCUGUUUCUCAUAUGGGUGAGUCCAGUUCUAGGAGACAGAGUUUUGAGUGGGUUGCUGGUCAUGUGGAAUUCCUGGAAAACCAACAGAAUGAUGAUGAUUCAGAGAGUGUUAUUAAAAGAAGUGGGAAACAGGGAAAGGGGAAAGGAGUUGCGGUUGGUGUGAAGAGAAAGAGGAGUUUAGGAUUAGAUGUGUCGGCUGAUAGCAACAAAGAUGGUUGCCAUUGUAGAGCUGUUUCGGAUAAUGGUCUGGAAGUUGUCGAUUUGGUGGAUAGUCCUGAUGAUAAUGAGGUACUAGUUUCUAAAGGUAAAGAGGGAGGAGUAGGAGUUGAUGUUGAUGUUGAUGGUGUGAGUGAUGAUGAAAGUGAUGAGGAUGUUGAUGUUGAUGGUGUGAGUGAUGAUGAAAGUGAUGAGGAUGUUUCAUCAGCAGAGGAAGAUGACAGUAGUGACGAAAGUGUGUUCUCUAUAGAGGAGGAAAAUGAAUGUAUUUCCUUAUCAGUUGAAGAUAGUAGUGAGCAGGAAAAUGAAGAGGAGAGUGAGGUGACGGAGAAGAAUGAGAAAGCGUGCAAGGGAGAAAGUGUUGAGGUUGAUUGGAAGGGAAAGAUAAAUGCUGAUGGUGAUGUUCUGCAUUAUUGUUCUGCUCAUGAUACUGACACUGAUGUCAGAAGUGAGCAAGAGUGGAAGGAAGAAAGUCUUGGAAUUCAUCCGAAGGGAAAGAUUAAUGCUGAUGGGGAUGAUCUACAUUCUUCUUCUGAUCAUGAUAUCAGUGACAGAAGGGCAAAAUUGGGGGAGGCAGAGAGUGUGUUGGUUACCUCCUGUACUAAAAAAAAGAGCACGAGGGUCCCAAAACAGAAAAGAUUACCUACCAUUGCAUUUGAAGCCCCAAAAGUUGAAUGUCUCCCUUUGAGAUUCAGUUUUGCUAAGCAGCCAACUAUUCCUGAGAAGCCAGAUUAUGAGAGAGAAGUAGAUGCCCUUCUUGCUGAAUAUAAAUUUGUUAUAGCAUAUGAGAAUGCUUCUGCUGAUUCUAAGGCUAAAGACGGCUACUUUACAAGAUCAGAUAAUAACAGAAAUCAUUUCAAUGAUGUGACUUAUGGUGGUAGUCCAGAAACGGCAAUUGAUAAUGGGAGAACAAUUGGUUUGCAGACGGCUUUCAAUGAGAAUGAAGCUGCCAAAGGACAUGAUGAUGCAAGGUCAAAGAAUAGGAUACAUGAUUUCGAUGAUGAGACGCAUGGUGGUGCUUCAGAAUCUGGUUUUAAUAAAGGCAGUAAAUUUGAUGUGCACAGGGCUUGCAAGAAGGGUGAAGAGGCCAAAGGAAACAACUUUUCAAGGUCCUUUAAUUCACGAAAGGAUGACAAAGAUGAGACAUAUGGUGGUAGUCGUCCAGAAACAUAUAAGAAGAGAGAAAGGGUGGGGAAUCUUACCAACAAAAAGGGCAUUACAGCACCAAAAGAUUGCAAUGCCUUUAUGAUUCUUGUAGAUUCGAUUUAUGACAAGGGAGAAGUGUCAGGGGAACUACCUCCGUUUGGGGAUGAAUCCCCCCAAGAUGAAGCUCCAAGAGAUGAGCCCCUUCCAUUGUUUUUCACGCUUGGUCAUCCUCCAAGUCCUGCACCAGAGAAGUCAGCUUCUGAGAUAGAACUAGAAAACCUUUUUGAAGAAUAUGACUUUGUCCAAAUGUCUGAAGAGAUUGGUUCCACUGAUUCUAAACUGGUUGAAACUAAUGACUCAGUCCUUCCUGGUACAGAAGUUACUCAGUAUAUGCUUUGUAGUCAAGGGAAACACGAUCUUAUACUUGAUGAAGAAAUUGGACUCAUAUGCCAAUUCUGCCCUCAUGUGCAUCGGGAGAUCAAGUAUAUUGUACCAGACUUUGCUCCAAACCCUUAUGGAAAAGCUGGGAAGAGAUUUUAUGAAGAAGACAACCGGUCUGUCCUUGAUGAUCUUCAGUGUAAUGACCCUGACAAUUGUGGCUUUAGUUCGGAUGCUCAUACUGAAGGCACAGUGUGGGACUUGAUCCCUGGUAUGAAAGGUGAUAUGUACCCUCAUCAGCGUGAAGGUUUCGAAUUUAUUUGGAGUCACUUAGCUGGUGGAAUUCAGCUUGGAAAGUUGGCAAAACCUAGUGCUUGUGGCGGUGAUGGAUGCAUUAUAUCACAUGCACCUGGGACUGGGAAGACUCGUUUGACUAUUAUCUUUAUCCAGUCGUACAUGAAUUUUAACCCAUCAAGCAGGCCACUCAUUGUUGCUCCACGUACCAUGCUUCUUACUUGGGAAGAGGAGUUUAAGAAAUGGGGUUUUGACAUUCCCUUUCACAAUCUUAACAAUCCUGACUUCACUGGCAAAGAGGAUGAAGCAGCUCGCAAUCUUGUGAAGGAUGGUAAGAGUUCAGAAAUGAUAAACUUGACCCGUAUUGUGAAGCUAAAGUCCUGGGCAGAGAAAAGAAGCAUCUUGGGUAUUAGUUAUUCACUGUUUGAGCAGAUUUGUGGAGCUUCUACCAAGAAAGGAAAACAUCCACUUUCUCCAAGACGAAAGCUCGAAGCUGAGCAGAUGUGGAAAGUCCUUGUUGAAUUUCCUGGUCUUGUAGUAUUUGACGAAGGGCACAAUCCUCGCAACGACCAGAGUUAUUCAUGGAAUGCUCUUUUAAAACUGAAAACAAGAAGGCGCAUUCUCCUCUCUGGUACUCCUUUUCAGAAUAAUUUUGAGGAGCUCUACAAUACAGUCCGCUUGGUGAGGCCAGAAUGGACCACCAAUCCUACCUGCCUUGGAGCUUUUGACAAAAAGCAACGGACUUGGGGCCAAAUGCGAGGCAGAAAAGGCAAUGCUGGGAAAGGCCAAUUUGCUGAUGAUAAUACAAAACGAGCUAAAGAGGUCAGAGCUAUGAUUUCCCCAUUUGUGCAUGUUUACAAAGGCACCAUACUGCAAGAUAAGCUUCCUGGGUUAAGGAACUCAGUUGUUGUUUUACAGCCAACAGCUUUACAGCAGAGAUGUUCUGACAGAAUUCAGCUGAUAAAAAAUCCAUUUAAAUAUGAACGAAUAGAGGCUAAAGUAACUAUCCACCCUUCUCUCUUGCUUAAUGAAAAUCGCUCUAUGUUUCUUGAGGAAGACAAGUAUUCAGGUGACUGGGAAAGGCUAACAGAAAUCAAGUUAAAUCCUGAAGGUGGAGUGAAGGCAAGAUUUGCAGUUGAUCUCAUUCGGCUUUGUCAAGCUAUGAAUGAAAGAGUUUUGGUAUUCAGUCAGUGGGUUGAUCCAUUGCUCUUAAUAAGGGACCUGCUCAAAUCUCAGUUUCAGUGGGUGGAAGGAGAGGAGGUUAUGUAUAUGGAUGGAAAAUGUGAUGCAAAGCAGCGCCAAUCAUCAAUGAGUUAUUUCAAUGAUCCAUCCACCAAAGCAAAGGUUAUGUUAGCUACAACAAGAGGUUGCAACGAAGGAAUAAGUUUAGUUGGAGCUUCAAGGGUUGUACUGCUUGAUGUUGCAUGGAACCCUUCUGUUGAGAGACAAGCUAUAUCCCGAGCAUACCGAUUGGGACAGAAAAAAAUUGUGUUCAUCUACCAUCUCCUCAUGGCUGGGGCAAGAGAAGAGGACAAAUACAACCGACAAGUUGAGAAGUAUCGGUUGUCUGAAUUGGUAUUUUCUUGUUCGGAUACAGAAGCUGAUGCCAAGAAAAUCCCAGCUUCGGUCGCGGAGGACAAGAUUUUGGAAGAGAUGGUUCAGCACCAGAAACUGAAGCAUAUAUUUCAAAAGAUAACAUUACUGAAUGAAGCUUCAUAUUUGGACGAAGAAUUUGUAUGAAGAUUCUAAAGCCUCUGGAGCUUUUACUUUAUAGAAGAGGUUCAGAGAAGCAAAGCAUAAGGAGGAUCAUCAACUUUCUAUCUUCCAGUUUCUUCCUUGUGUUAUUUCUUAGUUGUCUUUAGGCAGUGUUGAAGAUCACAGCGUCUGGAUUGAUCAUACUCUUAGCUGUUUGUAUCAUGCUUGACUUGGCUUAACAGUACUCUUCUCUAUGUUCUAGUGUAUCUAUAUUUAGGUUUUAUGGAAGUAUUCAGAUCAAAUUCUUAGAAUUUGAAGAUAAAAAUUUGACAAUAUUUUGGGAAC